AUGAUGGAGAGAACACGAGUGCAGUUUCAAGUUAGGGUAUUACGACUGAAAUUAUGGGAGAAAAUGUUCGUCUGCGGUUCAGAUAUUGCACUUGGCGAAUGGGAUCCACUAAAAGCAUUUCCGCUCACUAAAUCCCUAACCGACAGUGAUGUCUGGACGGGUUGCGCAGAAAUCUGCGACCCAACCAAGGAGUUGAAAUUUCGUUACAUGAUUGGUUACUACCUCGAUCCCUGUACGGAAGGCAGUAAACAAAUGCUAAUAGUUCACAAAUGGGAAUCUUUUCUCAUACCACGCUCAGCUCUUCCUUUUCCCAACCAAAAAUUGGUUGUAGAUGACGUUUUUGGAAGUUACUCUGGAAGCACAUUGUUAACGGAUGGAUGGAUUAUUCACAAUGAAGAAAAUGUAGUUCUUUUACGGGUUCACGGGGAGGCUCUGAAAUUUUACAAGCCUUCCCAUAGGGGCAAAGAACAUCGUGUCAAGAUAGUACCUUUCGACGUGCGCUUCAAAGAGAUCGAAGGUGUGGACGAUGACUGCCUACCGGACCCUGAUCCGGUUCUGCCUGAUGUGCCUAGCUUUUCCAAUACUUUAUUGUCGGUCCUCAGCAGAGAGGAUCCAAUAUUCGGUCAGCAAUACGUCAAUGGAUCAGUGUUUCGAAACGAUGUAGAUUAUCUCGUAUUCAAGACUCGUACCGUAUCCUUAGAACAUUUAGCGUUCCGGAUUGAGCUUUUCACUGGUAUGGACCGUAUUGGACUCGCCUACGCGCUGCCGGCAGCGCUUCCAGAUCUCUAUGGAAAAGCCACUUUUCCAAUAAUCUCGUUGAAAAACAUUCCAAUUGGACAGAUCGACAUUGAUUACAUGCUGGUAAAAACUUUGCCAAUGGAUCGAUCUAUACGUGACAGUAUGGCGGUGUCUUGGGGAAGAUACUGGAAGAAGCGAAACACACUUGAAGUCGGACAUCGAGGAAUGGGCUGCUCAUAUACUAAAAUGGCGACAGCCCGUGAGAACACAAUCCAUUCACUUAGCGAAGCGGCAAAGAACGGUGCGGAUUAUGUUGAAUUCGAUGUCCAACUUACUAAGGAUAUGCAACCAGUAAUCUACCACGACUUUCAUGUUCUCGUCGAAGUAGCUGGCCGAAGACGAGACUUGUUCCAGGCGAAACCACGACAUCAUCAGCUAGCUAUUAAAGACCUCAACCUCGACCAGCUCCAUCUUUUACAACUUGAGCAUCCAGCUGAACACAUAAGCAAGACCUGGAGAGUGACGCCUACUGAGGAGGAAAUGAAUGAAGAGCUCCACAAUCCGUUUCCUCAUUUGAAGCAGGUCUUAGAGACCGUUAAUCCCGACGUCGGAUUCAACAUAGAAGUAAAAUACCCUAUGAAAAUGAAGGAUGGUACGCAUGAAUGCCCAGCAUAUAUGGAACGGAAUGACUUCGUCGAUGUUAUUUUACGGAACGUGCUUGAACAUGCCGGCAGACGACGAGUGAUAUUCUCUAGUUUUGAUCCUGAUGUUUGUAGCUUGAUAACCCUCAAACAACACGUUUACCCAGUAAUGUUUCUGGUUGUAGGACUAACUACACGUUACACACCUUUCCAGGAUAUUCGUUCGGAUUGCUCAAAAAUCGCUGUGAACUACGCUGCUGGUAACGGGCUUUUAGGUGUAAACUUUCAUAGUGAAGAACUUCUUCAGGAUCCUUCGCCCCUCGAGCGCGCUGAGAAAUUCCGCCUUGUCACGUUUGUAUGGGGUGACGAUCUCAAUCUCAGAAAAAACCUCGACUAUUUCAGAGGGCUUCAAGUCGACGGUGUCAUUUACGACAGGAUCGGUGAGGUGAGACCACGACGGAACACAUUCGUCGUCGAAAACGAAUCUCGAACCGCUUUACCGAUACGGACUCCAGAUCACAGUCGCUCGCCGACGCCCGAUCCAGAGCUGAUCGCCCGUCUCCACCCACAACCAACACCAGAACCAGAACCUAUUGUCCGCGAUACGAUGCAUUUGAGUAUCUCAAAGAAUUCCGCCUUCAGCAAAGUAGAAAACGAAGAAAACAGCCAAACGUCGUGUAUACACAAGUCAACGCAAAACUAUUGUUCGUUAUGUACAUAA